AUGAAAUUUCUAGUGGUACUCUCUGUCGCUGUCUUCGGCAUUGCUUCAGCCGCUCUACUUCCGUCUCCACCACCGGCUAUAGUCAGGCAAUCGCAAGAUAUAUUGCCUGAUGGAUCCUAUUCUUACACCUACGAAACCGACAAUGGAAUUUAUCGCUCUGAAAAUGGAAGUGUAGUACUUACGGAAGCAAGGAGCGCACCUGUCGUUGUUACCCAAGGACAAUACCAAUACACAUCCCCCGAUGGUACUCCUAUCAGCGUAACAUACAUUGCUGAUCACAAUGGAUUUCAACCCCAAGGUGAACAUAUCCCGGCUAUUUCUCCAUUGAUCCAAAGGGCCAUCGACUACAUCAGAGCGCAUCCACCAAAAGUUGAAGAAAAUUGA